CCUCUCCAUACUUGACUCAAAUAGAGAGAGAGAGAGAGAGAGUUCUUAGCUAUAAGAAUUCUCCCAUCUCUUCCUGUUUCUUCACAACCACCUGAUCUUUGAGAGUUAUAUCAAAAUUGCUAAAAUGGCAAAGUACAUUGGCCCAAUUGUUUGCCUCCUGAUCAUGAUCAUGGACGUCGUGGCGGGCAUACUUGGCAUUGAAGCUGAGAUAGCUCAGAACAAGGUGAAGCAUUUGAGGGUGUGGAUAUUUGAGUGCAGAGAUCCAAGCUAUCAAGCAUUCAAGCUAGGGUUAGCUGCAGCAGUACUUUUGGCCCUAGCCCACACCAUUGCUAACUUGCUAGGUGGGUGCGUCUGCAUUUGGUCCAAGGAAGAGCUUCACAAUGCAUCUGCCAACAAGCAAUUAGCAGCUGCCUCCCUCAUUUUGUCAUGGAUUAUAUUGGUAGUUGGAUUCUCAUUGCUGAUAAUAGGGGCAAUGGCAAACUCAAAAUCAAGAAAAUCAUGUGGGAUAUCACACCAUCGUUUUCUGUCGAUAGGAGGGAUCUUGUGCUUCAUCCAUGGCCUGUUCUCUGUUUCCUAUUAUGUUUCAGCCAUUGCCACUGUUCAAGAUCAACAUAAGAUGAAUCCUCAUCAUCCUCAUCCUCAUCCUCACUCACAAGGAGGAGGCCAUGCUUGAUUCUCUCUCUCUCUUUCUCUCUCAUCGCUUCUUUUUUUGCUUUCCAUCUCUCUAAUUCAAACACCAAUAUAUGCAUGUGAUAGUUUGUAUUCUUUUUUCCUACCCAGGAAUUUGUGUCUGUUUUUCUUUCAUUUAUUUAUUUUUAUGCACCAAUGUAACAAAAACCUGUAUGAUGAUUGUUUGAGACUUGUUUUAUUAGCAUCUUGUUGCAAGUUAAACUUCUGGAAAAUUCUAUGA